AUGAAGGAAACGAUAGUUGACUACAUCAUGGGGACGACAUAUAUGAAUAUCAAUCUUGAUGAGGAUCCUUGUAUCGUCCCCUUGUGCGGGCAUAUCAUUACCAUGGAAAGUUUAGACGCGCAUCAAGGAAUGGCGGAAUAUUAUGAUAUGUCCGAAGGGGCUGGUAGUGGAAAGGUGAUAAUGGGCCUCAAAUCUUCAGAACCAUUAUCUGGGAGCGAGAGAAAACGCUGCCCUGUGUGUCGGGGUCACUUGAACGACAUUAAGAGAUAUAAUCGAAUCCUGAAAAGGCGAUGGAUAGACGAGGUCACCAAAAAGUUCAUUGGAUGGGCUCAUAAAGGAUUCCUCCCGCUGGCAGGGAGAAUGAGGUUGAUCGAAACCGUACUCCAAAAAAACAGGAAGAAAGGAGAACCAGUUGAGCCGCCAGCAUCGUUGACAUUAGAACUAAAGAGUACGGCUGAUAAGCAAAUAGCCAAAAUCGCCAAACUUGUCCGGCAUGAUGAGCGAUAUCGUGAAAUACUCAAACUUCGACGGGAUAUUUGGCAAUUUCUUGGUGCAGUGCAUGAAAGCGAACAGCCAUUUCACCGAAUACGUAUUCUUGUGGAAGACGUGAGAAGGCAGCGAGGAGUAGCCACUGAACUGAAGGGUGGACCAAUGCUUUUGCAAGUGAGACACCGUCUGCUAACCACGGCUCUGCUGCUUCGGUGUGAUUAUGGAAUCAUUUGCCAAUUCUUGAAUGUUUCUGCGGAUGAAGCGACAACAUGGAAAAUAACCGUUGGUUUUGAGGCUAACAGAAAAUGCUGCGAGCAGCUCGUUUCAGAGUCUGAAAUCGGCGUUCAGCCAGCAAUUGCAGUCGAAGGACAUAUUUUUUGGGCUCGAUUCGCGGCUCUUGAACGUGGUAGAAAUGAGGAUUUUAAUUUACUAUCACAAGCAAGACGACAUCUUCAGCGGGCACGCGUUAUCUGUGAAGAAUUCCAGGCUCAAACCGCGGGACAGGUAGCUGAGAUCGAGGAGGUGGAUACUAUGCUGCGCGAGUCAACGUUUUAUCUGCCGGUCACGAAUAAGGAGCGAGCAGAGGUGUACAAUGCAAUGGCACUAGAGCUUCGCGGAACGGGGCACUGGUAUUACUGUGAGAAUAGACACCCAUUUACGAUCGGGGAAUGCGGGAUGCCAAUGGAAGAAGCGCGUUGUCCACAGUGUGGAGCUGUUGUUGGCGGUCGCGAGCACCAGGUUGCUUCAGGAGUGACGACGGCUAGAGACUUCGAUGAUCAUUUCCGAAACCUAUCUCUUGAGGAGCAGUAG